AUGUUUGACCUUUGGGGCACUCCCGGUGUGCAGACUUUGAUCUACAUAUCCUUGCCUCUUCUUCUUGUCUACCUGUUCAAAACCCCCCUCAAAUGGCGCAAGGGAAUGGCCCCGGUAUUGGGGAGUGAGAAUGAUUGUCUCUACAAAACAACGCUUGAUGCCCAUAGAAAAAUACCUGAUACCCCAUAUACGCUUCCCGAGAAGCCUGAGCUACUGGUCCUCCCAACACGGUACAUUGACGAGAUCAAAUCUCUACCCGAGGGCAAGGUCAGCUUUGCAAAGGAAAUCUUCAAGCGCUUUCUGGGCCGUUACACAACCAUGGGCACUCAUGACCAAAUCCUCGUCAAUUCCGUCAAGACCGACCUGACUCGGAACAUCACCGCCUCUCUUGCCGCGCUCCAAGACGAGACUGCCUUUGCUUUCCCCGACACGUUUGGUCCGUGUGAGGAAUGGUCACCGAUUCAACUGUACCCAAAGCUGCUGCGGAUUAUUGCCCUCCUUUCUGGUAGGGUCUUUGUUGGCCGGCCGUUAUGCCGGGAUGAGGAAUGGAUUCAUUCGUCGGUCAAUUUCACAGUGGACUGUUUUGCCGCCAGGGAAGAAGUCGGCAAGUAUCACUGGAUCCUGCGACCGAUUGUUGCACGUUUCAUCCCCAGGGUACAGGCGAUUAGUCGCCACUUGGCCAAUGCCAGGCGCUUGCUGAAGCCAAUCCUGCAAGAGCGGUUGGAAGCGAUGCAGAAGCCGGAUUAUGUUCCACCGCAGGAUAUGAUCCAAUUCAUGAUGAAGAAUUCCGGCACCAGAGCUAGCGAUCUUACCUAUCAAGCUUUUGCGCAAAUGUCUCUAAGCCUGGCUGCCAUCCACACCACGUCCAUGAAUCUGACCCAUCUGAUUUACGACCUAUGUGCCCACCCAGAGUACCUGGAGCCCUUGAGAGAGGAGCUGGACGCUGUCAUGAAGCAAGAUGGAGGAAUACUGGUGAAGUCUAGCAUGCCGAAAUUACGACUGAUGGACAGUUUCCUCAAGGAGAGCCAAAGGCUGAGCCCACCCGGUGCUGUAUCUCUGGAAAGAUUGACGACAUCAGACCUUCAUCUUUCUGACGGCCUCGCCAUCCCCAAAGGAACCUCGAUUGCCUUUUGCGCAAACGGCCUCAACAUGGACGAAUCGAUCAUCGCCAACCCUGAAGCCUUCGAUGGAUUCCGGUGGUCGCGCCUCCGUGAGCAGGCCGGAAACGAGAACAGGCACCAGUUUGUCACCACGGGCACGCAAUCAAUCAACUUUGGUCACGGAACACAUGCCUGUCCUGGCCGUUUCUUUGCCAGUAAUGAGAUCAAGGUGGCAUUUGCAUAUAUCAUUCAACACUACAAUCUGGCAUUCAGAGAUGGCGAGUCCAGACCGAAGAACAUCUAUCAUGGAACGUCGGUGAUUCCGGAUCCAACUGGGGUUAUCAUGUUCCAGAAGGUCGAGGGGAAAUGA